AUGUGGUCCAUAGGGCCGGGAGGUAACAAUGGGUCGGUGCAGAAGGCGGGGGCAGAACAUCGCGUCGUGUUGGCCCCCGGCCGGGCAUCGCACCGCCCGCCCUUUCUGAAUCGCGGCUCACAAACAAUAAAGAACCGCCUUCGGAACACUUCUUGGUUUUAUACCGACUGUAACCGUAUCUCUCGGAAAAUUGCCGAUUUGAACGUAACAAUCGGGGACGCGUGUCUUUGUAAAAAGAGGAGGCUGGUGACGAAUUUGGAUUUGCCGCGUGGAUUUGGGCACGGCGCGGUUGGGAGGGGGCGGCGUGGUCGAGCGCGGUCGGCGGCUGCUCGUGCGCAACUCGGCGCGCCACCUACCGUUACGUUGCACCACUUUGGUGGACAGUUAGCCGCGCGGGCGCCUCGUUCCGAUAUGGCCAUCAUCACCACCCUCGACAAUCCGAAGUCGCUUUACCGAUUCAAAUGCGCCCGCGCAUCCGCGUACGCGGCCGGUGAUAUGAAGUUAACAAGUCCGCGGCACAUCGUUAGCCCAUCGUUACCCGUCCUUUAUGUGGUUAAG